AAUGGAGAUGGCACCAUCGACUUCAGAGAAUAUGUAAUUGGUUUGUCUAUUCUUUGUAACCCAGCCAACACAGAAGAGACUAUUCGGAUGGCAUUUAAGCUCUUUGACAUGGAUGAGGAUGGCACUAUAACGGAAGAUGAGUUUGCUGCUAUUGUUCAGUCAGCUCUGGGGGUGCCUGAGCUUGAUGUUUCUGUUCUCUUUAAAGAAAUAGAUGCAGAUGAAACCGGGAAGCUGUCCUAUGAUGAGUUCAAGGACUUUGCACUCAAGCAUCCAGAAUAUGCCAAGUUGUUUACUACAUACCUAGAGCUACAGAGAUACCAGUCAGAUAUGUUGGAGGAGGAUGACAUUGAGUCACCUGAAGUCAAACACAGUCCAGUUAGAAACAGUACAAUCCCAGUCUCAGAAACAACACCAAUUGCAAGAAAUAAAGUCUGUCCUGAAGGCAAUGAAGAGGAUAACUCAAGUACCUCUGACAAAAAGGAUGACUGAGAAUAGUUAAAGAAUUCAGCUCUUGAAUUCUACAGGAUCUUUUUCCCUAGCUAUUCAUA